AUGACUGGCCAUCGUGACGAAGUAGAGGAAGAGCAUUCACGCCGAUCACAAGAAACUCCCAAGAGGCGUUUUGCGUCGCUCCCCAACGACGACCCCUUGCCACUUCAGCGCGAACAAGCAGAGAACAGCGACUCAGAUACCUCGACAAGGGAACCGACAAAUCCGGCUCUUUCCAAUCUGCCAGAUGCUACAACCCCUCAAGGAAAAGAUCAUUUGCCUGAGCCACACUCCUCUCAACAAGAGCGCGUGUCGGUUGUCGAUGACCAAGAGGGAAGUCACACAGCUGUAAAUUGCUCGCAAUCUCCACCAUCUCCACGAGAAGAGCGUAGCCCUGCUCGUGAUGGCCUUGAGGACACAACGCAUCGCCCCUCUGUCCCACAACAGCUGCAAUCUGCAGUCGUUACUGACAUAUCCCCCAACAAGGGACAGGAGUUGCUCGCAGAGUACGCAAGAUUACGCCGACUGCCCAUUCUCAGUAUCGACCCAAACACAUACGAUGGUCAACUUCAGUUCUUGGCCAUGAUGCAAGAUUUCGCUUCAUGGAUGGCUUCCAACAGUGGCAGCAUACAGCGCGGAAAUCUCGGUCUUGAAAUACCUCAUCUUGCAGCAGUAUUUUACCCCCAGUACGAAGGAUUAAACACAAUGAUAAUGUCUAAAUGGUCGACUCAGGUCCCCAACCCGAUACAAGGUCGCUUGGAUCAUGUCUUCAGUUCCGGAGACAUGUUCUGGUUCCGCACUUCCGAGUAUGCGACGAAUCCCAAACAGCAGUUGGGCGAUAAAUGUGGGUUAACUGCUCGUGGACUCAUGCUUUCAGGCUGGAGACUUAUCUUAGUCCUGAAGGUCCUCCCGAAUGUGCUACUAUGCACCUGGGGCCGAACUACUGGGGACAGUGAUUUGAGUAAGACAAAUCGCAGGGAUCGAUGGCAGUUUGCACGAUUGCUGCGAUCUGACCGUAGGAAUUGGCCGAGAUAUAUCGAAGCCAAAGACAGCCCCCAUGGAAAUAUCUUCAUGGAUCCGACAAAUGCGAGAGACUGGCCAGUACAGGACUUGAAGGACCAUUGUAACUUCAAUGUGCUUGUAAGUCAAGAAGUCAUCCCCACCGACGGUUUCAAAUAUGCGGGCAGACUCGAAGACGAAAGUCACAAUAGCGUUGAAUGGAUUCGCAACGCCUUUUACUUCGGGAUUGCAGUCAUGCCUGAAGCCCCAACGGGGGUCAACGUGACCGCAGUGCAGCGCGGAAUAGCAGACAUCAGGACGCCUAGAUCCCCACCCAGCGUACCAAAACGAGUAAGGCGAGAUUUCUUUCCCACAGCAGACAAGAUGUUACCUCUCUCCCCAUACAUUCCACCGCCUGCAGGGCAUGCCCCUGUGUAUAAAGACCUCACCGCUACUCCCCGCGUUCCUAGGGGUCCUCGCGGCGCAACUGAGGUGCGGUUCGAACGCGAUCGGAACAAUAGUGCUGGAAGGAGGUUUUCUGCUCGUUCUACGUAUGGUCAGGAUCCUGAUCGGCAACGUGGUCGGUCGAGAAGUCGAUCACCGCGCGAUCGUCAGAACGGUCGAUUUCGAGACUAUUCUCGAAGAAGGUCACCGCCUCCUCAACAUCGCUCCGAAACCCUUGAAAGGCGUGGACGACCAGAAACACGUGACGAGACUAACCACCGGUCAGAAGACUACGACCGAUCUCAAUCUCGACAUCAGCGUUCGCCGACACGUCGAUUCGAACAGCCUCCUGACUUGCGUCUUGAUAAUUACAUCAAUAAACCUACGUUGAACGCGUACGGGUUGGUCGAAGCCAAUGCCGUCAAGUAUGAUGACCACGAUGGCGAUCGCCUGCUCAAUUAUAACGCGAAUUGUCAGCCGAGCAACCGCGAUCGCAACCGCGGUCGUGGACAAGGUGACUACCAUGAGACCAAUCGUGGUCCAGGAGAACGCAGGCCGGGUGGCGGCAGAGGACGCGGUGGUCGUCGUCGUUAA